GUAAAAUGCCUAAACUUAGAAAAUACGAUAAGAAUAAACUUAUAGAAGCUGUUAAGGAUGUCCAAAAUGGCACUGAAUCGUAUAGAACAGCUGAAAAAAAAUAUGGAAUUCCGAAGUCCACUAUAGAAUUUAAAUUAAAACAUCCGGAACAUAAAGAUACACUUGGACCGUCUCCUAUUUUAACUUGCGAGGAGGAGAAUACUCUGGUUAGAUGGAUACAAGAAACCGCUUCAAAAGGUUUCCCCAAAAAGGCUAACGAUUUAAAAAGCAGCGUGCAAAAAUUUUUAACCGAAAAUCCUCGCCCCAAUAACUUUAAACAUAAUCGACCUGGAGAUGGAUGGUUAAAAGUAAGUCGCCAAAAAAAUGUAUUUUAA